GUUCCUCCCUCCACUAUUAGUCUACUGUCCAGCGCAGACUGUUGUCUGACCACGUUCCGCCGAUUCUGUCUUCCCGGUUACCUCUUUCCCACCCCUCCCACCCCUGGACCACGCGACGGGUGUCCCUGAGAGCGACAUAAUGGUGAUUGUCUACAGACUUCCCGGGGAUGCUGUUCAGUGUUCGACUCGCUCUUGAUUCCAUCAGUAAUCCCAGGUGCCAUGCCAGACUUCCUUCGGUUGUUUCUCGACGGAAAACCGCCCAUGAGACGCCAUGUCUCCGGAGAACAGCGAUGCCGGGCAAGAAACCGUGACCCGCCCUGAGGCCGAAGAGCCGACAAAAGACGAUAGCAGAAGCAGCAGCAGCGGCAGCAACCACAACCAUGACGCACCGCAGAGCUCAACAGGGGCUGGUCAGACUAAAUGCUCCAUCUGCCAAAGCACCUUUCGAAGGCCAGAGCACUUGAAGCGUCACUUUCGCAGUCACACAAAGGAGAAGCCGUUCGAGUGUGCGCAGUGUGGCCGACAUUUCUCCAGAACGGAUACUCUCCAUCGUCACGAACUCAGUCAUCAUAAUGCUGGAAUGGAAGGGGGAAAGGAUCGUACGCACCGGAUCACCGUCAAAACCUUCCGCGCUUGCUAUAAAUGCGCCAUAGCAAGGGUACGAUGCAGUGGGGGCUCGCCAUGCGCACGUUGCGAGAGUCGCUCCCUGGAAUGUCAGUAUCCGACCGAGAGACGAUCGAAAGCAAAGACGCGGAGGGAGGCUCAGCCCUCUUUAACAAAAGACGACACAUCGUACGAUCAGUCUUCUCAUCUGGUUCAGUCCACAUGGGCAAACGGUACCGACUUGCGUCCUUCACGCAAUGGAGAACAAUCCAUGCAACCGCCCUUUCAGUACCAGAUGACACAGUUUCAGCUACAGAUGCCCAUGUCGAAUGCAUCCAACGCAGUCUCAUCUAAACUGUCCGCAGAUCACAACAAUAUAGAGCCGGUAAACAGGCGUUCAGAUGAGACCAGGAUAAUUGGGCAAGCUCCCAGCGCCGAAGACAAUACUACUUUCUCAUCCUUGCACGAUUCUACUAGAGAGGUCAAGAAGAUGCGGGUCCCUUCUGUGCAAUAUGGUGACGCAGGAACAGAAGGGCUAUACUCACAAAUCGCAACAUCGACUGAAGACAUGGCUGAACCCGUCCACCGAACUGAGGGGCUGCAGUCAGUUAAAAGCUCUGAUACUAUAGCGAUGAUGCCAACAGUGGGAAGUCAGCAGGUACCAAUGGAAGUAAUACAGCCUUUACUGAAUCAGACCACUGCUCCUACGAUCAACUGGUUGCCUCAGGAUCUAGCUAAUGCGUCUAGCAACCGCCGUCAUUCGACAAAUACCUACCAAAAGACCUCUGGAAUCCUAGAUACUUCCCUUAAUCAAGCUUCGUGGUAUCCAUCCGUCAUACACGGUACUGAUAGUAGCUCAUUGGUGUCAGAGAAUGUAUCUCAGACACCAUCUGGGUACACGUCUCUAGGUGGUACCACUGAAAGCCCUAGCCAAUCACAUCUGAACCAGCGUGCUAGAAAUCACUCAGUGGAUGGUGCUAUUCCGAGAUCAUCGAGUUCUAGACUAAAUCAGGACUCUUGGUCUUUAUUAUGUGCUGCUUCCGCGAAUGCCUCGUUACAGCUGCAGCAAGCAGAUACCCGGCGUCAAUACUUGUUCCCUCAAUUUCCAGAGACGAGGGUCCAUACCACUAACGAGAAUAAGAAUGGCUAUCGCCACGCACUUGAACCAUCGGCAUAUGAGAGGAUACGCAGUGCAUUCAAUCAGUUGUGCUGCGUGGAGAGUAUACUGUAUCCAAAGUUUGAAACCGACCACUUGCCUAGUGCGGAGACACUGUCAAGCUUUGUUGAUCUAUACUUCGUGCAUUUUCAGCCUGUUUACCCAAUAUUCCACACUCCUACGUUCGAUAUAAACAAGUGCCAUUGGAUAGUGGUGCUAGCUCUGUCAGCAGUUGGUUGCCAUUUUGCUGGUAUCAAAGAACAGGUUGAGUGCGCGCCGGUGUUUCAUGAGUUCCUUAGACGCGCUACGAAUGUUGAGGGAGAAAAGUAUCUCAUCGAUCGAGCACCCGUGUGGCUUCUUCAAGCAUCAGUACUCAACUGCGUUGGAAUACUCUACAGUUGCGACGAACGAGCUAGGUGUUUAGCGUUGAAUACCUUUGGCAAUUUGGUCGGCUUUGUGACCCGCGCGAAACUUCUUGGUCACAGACCUAUACAGUCCUUAAACGGGAAGACGAAUGGGCAGCGCUGGGUGUCCUGGGUCGAGGACGAGAUCAGAAGACGUACAGGCUAUCUGAUAUGGCUUCUUGACUGCACCAUAGCAUACCAUUUUGACAAGCGCCCUUUGCUCUCUCUUGACGAGAGCCAAGCAACAUUGCCUUCCCACGAGACUCUUUGGGAGGCAGAAUCUCCAGAGGCCUGGGAAGAAGUACGGAGAGGAACAUCAGACCCGAAAGAAUCCUCCCUUUAUGAGGCCGUCCUUAUAAUGUACAUCGAGAAGGAGCUAGUACCUGAUCUCGGAGAGUUCAGCCAGCUUCUUCUCAUUCACGCGUUAUAUCACCGUAUGUGGGAGGUGGGAGACUACUUCCGCCGCCCCUUGUCCUUCUGGAACCCAACCUCGAAAAAGCAGUCACGGCAUUCCGCACUCCCAUCUGGCUCUGUGUGGCUACCCGGUAUACCGUCGUAUUCCAAAUGGCGCAACAGUGCAUGUGACUGCCUCGACAUACUCCAUUGGGCUGCUGGCAGCACAGUAGCCGGGACCGCUGGCCUCGAACAUCCCACAGUCUUGCAUCUCCACUUAGCUCGGAUAAUCCUCCUUGCCCCAUUUCGUGAAAUACGGACACUCGCAACAUCUCUGGCAAUGGAGGAAUCCCAUUGGCGUGAACGCGAACAGACCCUUGAAUGGCACUACAUACUACGCUGGGUCAAACAUGACCAGUACAAGGCCCGCCUGGCAGUUGUACACGCAGGUGCACUGCUAAGACAUGCCCGCGAUUUCUCGAGCCGUUCGUUCCAUGAGCCAGUCGCUGUCUUCCUGGCAACCCUAGUUCUAUGGGCGUAUGGCGCAUGCUACCCCUCACUAUCUGACAUGACGAGCUGCCGUGAGGCAGGACACGGCAUGUCCGAAAAACCUCUGUUUAUUCAUCUCGACAGACCCUGCGAUGAUGAACUAGCCCAACUUUUCGUGCGCGAAGGCCAUGGCAUGAAAGCGGUUCUGACCGGUGUUGGGGAUGUAUGUGCUCCGCAAGGACCAGCGGAGACCCUCAAAGCUGGCUGUUCGAUACUUGCUGGCCUUUCGUCGUGGGGGAUCUCGAAACGAUUCACCGCGAUCUUGGGCAAGCUUUCCGAGAUAACAUCCAAGUCGUAGACAGACUUAUUGAGCACGUUGAAGUGAUGAGCGCUGGCUGAUUGUAUAUUAGUGAUUGUAUAAUUAGAUCAUGG